AUGUGUGUGGUGUGUGUUGGGGAGGGGGGGCAGGAAGGGACAUGUGCUCUGGACGAGUGUGGGCUUUGCAGACGCUCGAGAGCAGCCGUAAUACCGGUAAAUCCCAUUCCCACGCUUCCGAGUCGGGGCGACUGGUCCGAGAGCAGAUGCAUCCGGGCUUGUGAAGUCAUGAGGCCGGUUGCACAUUGCGAUAUGAGCGCCCCUCCAGGUGUGAUUCACAAAUGGCGCAUUCCUCUGCAUGAGUCGAGAUACCGUUGGUCGGAUGAAUGCUUCUUGUUGCAAUGUGGAUGGGGAGGUGAUUGGGAAUGUGGGAUAAAAAUGAAGUACUCUGGUCCGACCAGGCUGGCCGAAAUGGGCACAGACUGGCAGUCCGAUUUAAGCCGAUCCGUCACUCCUUCUGCCCAUCGAGCGUAA